CUUGCAACUUCAAUCUUCUACCAUCAACCACCAUUUUACGCCCUGCCACACCACGAUCCUGCCAGCGGCCCAUCACAGCGCUGAUAAUGCGGAUAAUACAUAUUUGAUACCGUGCGCAAGCAAGCACGCGCCAUGUCGGUCGCGCAGCAGCAGUCGUACCAGCUCUCCGACUACCUGGAGAAGCUGCCCGGCACCACCUUUCGGAAGCUCUACCAGCAGCCCUCAACAGCCUUUGCCAUAUUCCGCCGCAUGCUGCCGCCCUUGGCCAAGGUAUUUGUCCAGGCUCUCCUCUACGCACCCGCGCCGUUACUGCUCUCCGAGCUCGACGUCUGGGUGCGCCCAGAGGGCAAGAUGCACCGCGACCGCGCCCUCUCCAUCCUCCGGUCGCUGCACAUCAUCCAGAUCACCCCACCCGGAAAGGACAAGCCGCAAGAAAUGCAGCUCACCACGAACUUUAGGAACAGCAUGCGUUUGGCCCUCGAGGGCGGCGGUUCCCACAACAGCUUCGGUGUGCCGAGCACGCUACCCGUCGAUCCGCGCAUCGACAUCGCCUAUCUCGAUCACUACGCCCGCAAGAAGUGGGAGGAUAUUCUACACUACAUUGUAAACAGUGUUCCCGUGGAUGGAGAGACAGGAGGCGGCGGCAGCAGUUUUUCUGGAGGCCCUAAGGCGAGCGUCAAGGAUUUGCUGCUGAUAGGGCGUCUCGUCGAGCGACGGCCGGACACGAGAGGCGGAGUGGGAAUUACUCAGGCCGGAUUUACUUUCUUACUGCAAGAGGCAAACGCCCAGGUCUGGACGUUGCUUUUGCUCUGGCUCGAGGCGGCCGACCGUGCUAAAAGCGCAGCCGAGCAGGCCAAAGGGCCGGCAAGUAAUGCCGCAAAAAGCGACAGCAUCGACAUGCUUUCGUUCCUCUUCAUGCUCGCCUCGCUCGAGCUUGGCCGCGCCUACGACACUGACGCGCUCACCGAGACCCGGCGCAACAUGCUCCCCGCGCUCGUCGAUUUUGGGUUGAUAUACAUCCCCCGCGAGGACACGCGCCAAUAUUUCCCUACCCGCCUCGCCACAACCCUGACCAGCUCUGCCUCGGCCCUCCGCUCCGUCUCCUCCGGCUUCAGCGCCGCAACCGCCAACAACCUGGGCGACGCCGCCAGCCUCGGCACGACGCCCGACUCGUCCGGCGCCAGCAAGGGCUCCAUCAUUAUUGAGACCAACUACCGUCUCUACGCCUACACGUCGUCGCCCCUGCAGAUCGCCGUGCUGGCCCUCUUCACCCACCUCAACAUGCGCUUCCCGGGCAUGGUGACGGGCCGGCUGACGCGCGACUCGAUCCGCCGCGCCAUCGGCUUCGGCAUCACGGCCGACCAGAUCAUCAGCUACCUGGCGUCGCACGCCCACGAGCAAAUGGUGCGCGCUGCCGCGGCUACCGGUAGGCCCGUGCUGCCGCCGACGGUGGUGGACCAGAUCCGGCUGUGGCAGAUCGAGAACGAGCGCAUGACGACGUCGGCGGGCUUCCUGUUCAAGGACUUUGACUCGCUCGAGGAGUACGUCUCGCUGAGCAGCUACGCCGAGGAGAUUGGCGUGCUGAUGUGGAAGAGCGACCGCAAGAGAAUGUUUUAUGCCAACAAGAUUGAGCAGUUGAGGGAUUACCUUAAGAGUCGGAAAAAGGCCGAGUAGGGUCAGGGAGGUGCAACGGCGAGACGGGAACUACAACUAAUGGCUGCAUGGGAUAAGGCUUCGCAUUCGGAAGGGGAGUUACGCGGCGUUUUAAGAGACGGUGCCCUCGGCGGCUUUUUUUAGGGAGAAGUUCUAGGGACCAUGAAUUGAUGACACAUUGUCGUUUCUACUCUGUAUGGCUGCCCUACCCAGCUCCAACAUAAAGCCGAAUCCA